AUGGCCGAACGAAGAGCUGCAAUCUUUGGAACAGAGAAGGAUCAGCAGAACUGCCCAUUCUACUUGAAGAUUGGAGCAUGUAGACAUGGAGACAGAUGCUCGAGACUGCACAACAAGCCAUUGGCAAGCCAGACGAUCAUCCUGCCCAACCUCUAUCAGAGCCCUUACUUGAAGAGACCGGCAAACCUGCCCCCAAUCCAGGCCACCGAGGAGGAGAUCCAGAAGCACUUUGACGACUUUUAUGAGGACAUUCACGAGGGCCUUGCCAAGUACGGCACGGUUGAGCUCCUCUACGUCACUGCCAACCUUGGCGACCAUCUCAUUGGCAAUGUAUAUGUUAGGUUCUCCACCGAGGAAUCCGCUGCAGCUGCAUGUGAAGGCUUGAGAGGAAGAUACUAUGAUGGCCGUCCAAUCGUGGCAGAGUUCUCACCUGUGACCGACUUUAACGAAUCUAGAUGUCGACAGUUUGACUUGGGCACAUGCGACAGAGGUGGCUUCUGCAACUUUAUGCAUCUACACAACCCAUCCAAGCCACUAUACGUCAAGUUGUUUGGAGAUAGGAAGAGCCGCAGUCCAAGCCCAUCGAGGAGAAAGGACUUCUCUGGAGGUGGCGGUGGCGGCGGCCGUGGCGACUAUGGCCGCGGAGACUAUGGCGGUGGCGGCAGAGACAGGGAGUUUAGAGACAGACGAGGCGGUGGAGGCGAAUUCAGAGAAAGACGCGACUACAGGGACAGGGACUACAGAGACAGAGAAUACAGGGAUCGCAGAGGAGACUUUGAUUAUUACCGCGAGGACGACAGAGGAGGCAGAAGAGGAGAUUACAGAGGAGACUACAGAGGAGGCGGCGGCGGCAGCGGUGGUGGAGACGAGUUCUAUCGCGAGCGAGGUGGCGACUUUAGAGACAGUAGAGGCGGUGGUGUCGGCGUUGGUACUGGCGGCUAUCCAGAUCAACCACGCGUUGGCGACGUUGGCUACAAGAGAUCAAGAUCCAGAUCACAGGAGCGCGACAGGUACUACGAUGGUGACGUAAGUAGCACAGGAGCACCAGUAGGAAGCACACCAGGAAGUGGCAGUGGCGGCAGCGGCACAAUCCCAAUCGGUGGUCUGCCCGUCCUGCAAACAGAGAGUGGCGUCAACGAGCCCACCGAGAAGAAGAUCAAGCUCGAUGGCAACAGCAAUGGCGUCGCGCAGCAAGAUUCUUCAGCACCAUAUCUGACCGAGUCGCAAACGAUUCAAUGGGCGUCCUCAGAGGAACGCCGCACAGACGACUAUGAUGUCAAGACAUCGCUCACGCAAUCCACUCAAUCACCACCAAGAUAA